GUUCAGAGCCUCACAAGAUCGACGUAACCAGCUGAUUCGGGCGAGAGCGAUGGUCAGUCGCCGAGGCAAUUCCUGAAACCCUCCCACUUCCCUUUUCCAACAUGGCACAACCUGGCGCCUUCGUUCCGGCCUGGAAGCGUCUGGGCCUGAAGCUCAAGAAAUUCGAAGAAGCGCCCGAGACCAAUCACCCCCAAGUUGAGACGCAGGGCCGUUCGUUCUCUGCUCAGCAACAUGGCGCUUCGCAAGAAGAUAGUAAUCCAGGUCACGACCAGGUCAAGCUUGGCAAGCGCAAGCACCACGCGGACGCAGCUGAUGUUGAGGGUGCUUCUGUCAAAAAGAGCAAGCACGACUGGGCAAAUGCUCCUACCACCGGAGACGCCGUUGCUGCUCCUGAAGUGGAACUCCAGACCACGAACCCAACACCAAGUAGGACGACCCCGGCUGACGGAGCUCAACCCAAGGGCGACCCCAACUAUCGCAAGAAAAAGGGUGGCGACCCAAGUUACCGCAAGAAGAAAGAGAAGGAGCCAAAAUAUCCCCAGAACAGUCACGUUUCAGUAAGAGCAAGUGCAGCCUCGCACGCGCAGAGUCUGGCACCGCCAAAGCCCACGCGAACGCCAUCUCUCUCACCAGGACGAUCAGUUCCCGCAGCAAACGGCUCAACUUUACUUCCGUCUACUGAGACUGGCUCUUUUGCCCCUUCCUCUUUGGUGACCCCGCAGAGGCUGCGGUGCACCCAAACCCAUUCAAGUUUGUCACCCCCAAAGAGCGACCGGCGCAAGUCGGUCACCUUCACUCCCGAUACGAAGAAGAGCGACGGCAACAGCAUCUCCAACUACUUCAAACAGUGGGUCGCGGAGCAGAAGGGAUCAAGCGCUGACUUCACCCCAGCCGAGGUCGCGCAAUUUUCGAAACCGUCCGAGGUGCACAUUGCGAACAGUAACCCCAGAACUUUCUUGCCGCUGAAGGUUCCAACUUCAGGGAAAAGCAAGAAGAAGGACCCAUCUCGCUAUCUCAACUACCUUGCUCAGUACUAUCAGGAUCGAGGCAACUGGAAGUUCAACAAGGCAACCCAGAACGACGUGCUCGACAACUCGCUCAACAUUUUCCGUAUCCCGGAAGAGUAUUCGGAUGCAUUGUUUGAAUACGUGAGCAGCCUUCAAGGUGCGGGGGCUAUCGAACGACUCAGAGAACGUUGCAAGAAAACAAUCGAAGAGGUCGAUGAGGAAAUUAGCAAGGAGACUAUGGAAGAGCGCGAGGCUAUGAAGGAGGCUGCGCUUCAGGAGCGUCUGGCUAAGGAACGGAAGCGACGGCAGACAGACACCGAUGUCGACAACAUUACCGACCACGAAUAUCCGGAAGGAUAUGUGCGACGGUUGAAGCGAAGUCGCGCCGAAGCACUGUGCCGCGCGCUGGACAUCGCUAUGCCAUCAACUACCCCGCAGAACGGACUUCGAAGCGUUCAAUCAGGAACUUUUGAGGGAACACCAGUCGUCGCUGAGAGCAAAGCUCGUUCGCGUAAGCGGAGGACGACGGACAUAUCCAGUGACGAGAGCAGCGAAAGCAGCAGUGGUGAGGAGGAAGACAGCAGCGACGACGCCUCGUCUUCAAGCGACGAAGCCAGCUCAGAUGCAGAUUCUGCCACGGAGAACUCCGAUGGUAGCGGUGACAGCAGCGACAGCGAAGAUAAUAGCGAUUGAAAUGGACAGUGACGAAGACGUCACUUAUUCUGGGCAUCCAAGCGAGUCAAGACAAAGUUAAACUGCAGAUAGCUAGAGCUACGGACUUCGGACCCUCGCCUUUUGAGGUUGCGAAAGAUUGCUCAUCAGGAAACACACCAACUUUGACGUGGC